AUGGGGUACAACGCGAAAGCGCGCGCGCUGCUCGUCGGUUUGAACUCCAACGCGUCGAUCGCGGAGAGAGCCGCGCGCGGGGAGAUCGAGCCCGACGCGCUGCUGCAGAUGAAACCGGACGCGUGGGUGGAGAACAUCGACGACCACUGGCGGAAAAAAACCGAGGAAAAGUUGAAGGCGGAGAAGGCUGCGGAGGCGGAGCGCGAGGCUGCGGUCGGUCGGUGCCAGCUGUACAUCCCGGGGAAGGACGGCACGGAGAAGAUCGUGGAGGUGAGGCGGUGA